UUUGCUCCUUUCUCAUGUCCGUCUUCCUUAUUGCAUGCCUUCACCGACUUGAUUACUUUGCUCAUAAAAACCCAUUAAUUAUUUUCAGAAGCAAACGCUCACCCAGAAAGCAAAAAUCCAAACCCAAUCGAACAUUCAAGUUCCCGACGUCUAAUCAUAAUCAUGUCGUUGAGUCGGCCUCCUCGUUUGCGAAACAUCAAUGGCACCCGGAGGACCGUCCAGCUUUACUUUUGCUACCUGUGCAACCGGGCAGUCAGUAUUUCUAGCACGAACCCAUCGGAGAUCAUUUGCCCACGUUGUUCCGGGCAGUUCGUCUGUGAGGCGUUGGACAUAUCCGGGACAAGGCACGUCGUAGAUUUCAGAGGAGGUUACAAUCCCUCCCCCGAAAACCGUCUUCGGGGGGCUCUCGCUCUCCUGCUUCACCCGCCCAUCAGGUUCUUCAGUGAUGUCUUGCUGUACUCUCGACGCCGUUCCUCGUUUUCACAGCGUUUCGAGAUGGGAGAUCAGCGGGACCCAGGAGCUGAAACUAGAGCCAGGCUACGUACAAGGCGGCGGCAUCGAAGUCUUGACGGAAGAGAGAACCCGUACAUGCGGGAACCUGGUAUUCAAGAAUGGCCUCGUACUCGGUUUGUUCGUAGACGGCCUUCGGAUUCUUCCGACCGUUUCGCACCCAUUCUGCAGCCGGAAAUUGCAAUUCCAGAUACUUCCGGAGUUGAUCCUAGAAAUUUCUUUCUCGGGCCAGGGCUAAACGAAUUUAUCGAGCAAAUAAGUCAAAAUGAUCGGUCGGGUUCCCAUCUGGCACUUGAUUCUACAAUCAGCGCAAUACCAACCGUGAAGCAAGAGAACUGCCCUGUGUGCAUGGAGGAGUACGAGGUUGGUGGGGAAGCAAGAGAACUGCCCUGCAAACAUAUUUACCACUCGGAUUGUAUUGUUCCUUGGCUGCGGCUUAACAAUUCUUGCCCCGUUUGCCGGCACGAGGUGCAGACCCCGCAAAGGUAAUCAUUAACUUCUUAUUCCUUUAUUCAGCUUCUUUUCUUGCUGUUUGGUUUCUGAACUCUCUUUAUUAUUACAAUUUGAUUGCUGAAUAUCUUGUGGGCGCUGCAUGGCUUCUCCGUGAAAAUCAUGGCGAACCACUUGGCCAAUGAGUACUCGCAUUGCCCUGUGUGCAUGGAGACUGGAGGAGUUCGAGGUUGGUGGGGAAGCAAGAGAACUGCCCUGCAAACAUAUUUACCACUCGGAUUGUAUUGUUCCUUGGCUGCGGCUUCACAAUUCUUGCCCCGUUUGCCGGCACGAGGUGCACGCAUACGCCGCCACGUGUAGACAAUAUUGAACGUACGAGACAUUACAUUCACCGGCA